AUGAAAUUCACUGUGCAGCUGUCAUCGAACAGAUGGACAUGUCGUAAUUGCAUCUGCAACGUUUUUGUUAUUGUACAGGUCGUGACUUGUUUAGCUGGUUAUGUGUUUGUGAGUGACAUUCUAGAAGAUUCUUCGUAAGAUGGCAAAAUCUGGUAUGUCAGAAUCUGAUGUCGAGAGUGAUAAGAACGGGGCUAAGUCGAUGGAAAAUCAAAAAACGAAACCAAAAAAAUGCACCACCUCCUUAAACCUCGUAACAAAACGUCCAACUGUCUCAACACCUAUCAGCAUCCUCAUCGAGAGCUUAGUCAAGAAUCUUUGCACCAUCUACGAAACAGAUGCGGAAAAAGUAUCAAAAAUGUACAAUUUGAUCUGCGACCGUCUCUUCCAAAUGAAUCUGAUUGACGAAAGUUACCACAUGAAUGAAUUUGAGAGCAUGCGAGCGGCCUACCAGCAGGCUUUUCACCACUUGUUGAAAAGCUCAAUGGGGGGCGAAAACGCCGUAGCGCUCCGCCCAGUAUGGCCCAACACCGACUUUAUAACCUCACACUAUUGUCAAGAAUUUGAUGAAAUCGAAUACAUAGCUGGGGGCGGUUUCGGCCAAGUCUACCGGGUCAAACACAAACUAGAUGGAACUGAAUAUGCUGUCAAGAAGAUUCCGAUUAGGGCGGAGGGAAUAGAAGCCGUCAGGAAUUACCUAUCUGAAGUAAAAACUUUCGCCAGUGUUAACCAUGCCAAUAUCGUCCAAUACAAAGCCGCUUGGCUCGAACUGGGGGCCCCCACUGGUGGCAACACCAUCACUGAUGAAACCGAAUCCUAUACUGAAGAAAUUAAGACACACAUCGAUGGCGAAUACAUCUACCAUGAAACCCCAAGACAUUCAUUUUCAGACGAAGUUAAAACAGAAGACACUUCAGACUUUGAGGUGAAUUUCGAGCAUAGCAUCAGCAGCGUCACAAAUCGCUCAAAGAACUCACCCAAACGAGUCAAACGGAAUAGCAUUUCAGAGGGCGGAAAAGCGAUUUGUAAAUUAGACAUGAAGGAAAUCAGGGAGUUGAAAAUGCAACAAAGGGCUAACGUAAAAUGGGCCACUCUGUACAUACAGAUGGCGCUAUGCCAGUCCACUUUGAAACAGUGGUUGGAAAGGCGAAACGACGCCGAAUUGGUAGUCGAAGACGGCGAUAAAGCGCUUCUUCCGGUUACAGGGCAUGUGAGAAAUGAGACAAUUUAUGAGGUUUUGAGGCAGUUACUUAAAGGGUUGGAAUAUAUUCAUUCCAAAGGGAUCGUUCAUCAUGAUAUUAAACCAAGCAAUAUUUUUAUUCAGAUCGAAAAUGGAAAUUUGUUGGUGCAAUUAGGAGAUUUUGGUUUGGCUUGUCCUUUGCAGAAUGUGAGGCACAGUUUGGCUUUUGGUACGAAGCUUUACGCCGCGCCGGAACAACUUGAUGGCAAAUGUGAUCCAAAGAGUGAUAUGUAUUCCCUUGGAAUCGUCCUAUUUGAGCUAGUCGAGAGAUUCCGCACCGACAUGGAGCGGGUCCAAUACAUCGAUGAUUUGAGAAAAGGCAAAUUACCAACACACGUCCACGUCCAACAACCACAAUUGGCUCAAAUAAUUUGUCAGUUGAUGGUAAAAUAUCCACAAGACAGGCCGGAUGCUAAUACCUUACUCAAAUCAUUAACUCACAAUUCCGAUGCUGAUUAUGUAAGAGAAUUAGAGUGUAAACUGGCAGAACGAGAUGAAGAAAUUUUAAGACUCAAAGAACUACUCAAAUCGGCAGGUGUUAAAAGUAUCUAAUUUAAGAAAUCGAAAAUAAACUUAUUUUAUAUAGAGAAUUAUUUUAAGUUUUUUUUGCACCAUUUACUUGUCAUUGUCUUAUGUGCAAAUGUUGGUGUAAAAGACUCUGAUGUUCUUAAUGAGUUUUUAAAUCAGUAUUUUACUUACUUAAUUAUGGUGGGAUCAAUUAUUUUCUGCCAAAUGGGUUUGCUUGGUGUCUCAAAUGCACAUUUUACUGCCAUUUUUUGUGCAUUUACGAAUUCUCUGAAUCCUUAAUAGUUACUACAUUUAAUUUUUAGUUUAAUUGUUUGAUGUGAGAAUAGAAUGAUUGAAGUGUGUUUUGUACAAUUUUUGAAUUAUUUAUUGUACAUUUCCAUGACUGAACAUGAAUUGUUUUCAUGUAUAAAUCGAAAAUUGUGAUACAAAAAUUUGAAAUAAAUAUUUUUUAAAAAGUU